AGAGAGAGAGAGAGGAGAGAGAGAGAGAGAGAGAGAGAGAACCCUCGUGCGCUCUGCUCCAUCGAUCCGGAUCUGCAGAGGCGCGCAGUGGGACUCGUGUUGGACACUUUUUUCUUUGUUUGUUUGUUUGUUUUUCAAGGGGAAUGCCAGAAGUGGACUCUGGGUUCAGAACAUGCUGCUGGCCGAUCUGGUAGUGGUUGUCCUCUGCCUGCUGGGCGUCCACGUCAGCAGAGGUUAUGUGUUUCAAGCCAGCCGGCCCGCAGAGAGUGGAGACAGCUCGCCUAACACUAAAGUCGUCUCACAGUAUGUCAGCUCAGCGGGCUCCUGUAAGGGGAGGUGCUUCGAGCUGGAGGAGGUCAAGCCUCCAGGAUGCAGAUGUGACAAUCUGUGUAAGACCUACUACGGCUGCUGCUCCGACUUUGAUGUUCACUGCCUGAAAACAGAUGGACGAUUCGAGUGCAUAGAGGCUCGCUGCGGCGAGGAGAGGAAGGACAACCACGCUUGUCACUGUUCAGACGAUUGUAUCGAGAAAGAAGACUGCUGCUCCAACUACAAGUUUGUCUGCAAAGGUGAAACAUCAUGGCUGCAGGAAGACUGUGAGGAGAUCAAGAAGCCAGAAUGUCCUGCCGGCUUCAUCCGUCCUCCUCUCAUCAUGCUGUCUGUGGACGGCUUUAGGGCAUCCUACCUGAAGAAGGGAAAAUCUGUCAUGCCCAACAUCGAAAAACUCAGAACCUGUGGUACUUCAGCUCCAUACAUGCGACCAGUCUACCCAUCAAAGACUUUCCCAAAUUUAUACACCCUCGCCACUGGUCUUUACCCAGAAUCCCAUGGGAUUGUGGGAAACACUAUGCAUGACCAGGUGUUUAACGCCACCUUCACCGUGCGCACUCGAGAAAAACUUAACCACCGCUGGUGGGGCGGACAGCCUAUUUGGAUCACAGCAGAGCAACAAGGAGUGAAAGCAGGAACUUUCUUCUGGCCUUGGAUGAUUCCUCUGGAGAGAAGGAUUCUGACCAUCUUACACUGGCUGCGUCUGUCCGAUGAUGAGAGGCCGUAUGUUUAUGGCGUGCACUCAGAGCAGCCCGAUACCUUUGGACAUCGACUUGGGCCACUCAGCAGUGAGCUGGAUGAACCUCUGAAGGAGAUGGACAGCAUCAUUGGUCAGCUGAUGAAUGGCUUGAAGCAGAUGAACCUGCAUCGCUGUGUUAAUGUUAUCAUCGUAGGAGACCACGGCAUGGAGGAGGCACACUGUGACAGAAUUGAGUUUCUCAGCAGCUACCCCAUCAACGUAGAUGACAUCAUCCUGAUCCCCGGCUCACAGGGCAGAAUACGACCCCGUGACCCCAAAUCCAGCACAUAUGAUCCAAAAGUAGUGGUUGCAAACCUUACUUGUAAAAUGCCAACGCAGCGCUUUAAGCCGUACCUGAAGCAACAUUUGCCAAAACGACUUCAUUACGCAAACAACCGCCGGAUUGAGGAUGUCCACCUGCUGAUGGAGAAGAAGUGGCACAUCGCAAGGAAAAUGCCAGAAAAACUACGGACUCGAUGCGGCUUCUUUGGCGACCACGGCUUCGACAACAAAAUAACCAGCAUGAGGACGAUCUUUAUGGGCUAUGGACCAAGCUUCAAGUUCCAAAAACGAGUGCCUGAGUUUGAAAACAUUGAGUUAUACAACGUGAUGUGUGACCUCUUGGGACUGAAACCAGCCCCAAACAACGGGACGCACGGCAGCCUGAACGACAUGCUGCGAGAGCCGGUGUACCGACCCAGUAUGCCCGAGGAAGUGACACAGCCAUCGCCCACGCCUGACCCACAGGUCACGGUCACCGACGACCUAGGAUGCAGCUGUGACGAUGAGAACAAAGUAGAAGAAACCAUUGAAACCUUUAGUCCUCCACUAGGGGCUUUCUACACUUACAACCGGACACACCUUCCUUUUGGCCGGCCGGCCGUGAUAUUUGACACCAAGUACAUCCUCCUGCAGCAGGUGGACUUCGUCAGCGGCUACAGCAAGGAGCUGAACAUGCCUCUGUGGACAGCGUACACGCUGCCACGCCAGGAGGAUAUGACUCCCAUUCCAGAGGUUUCCGCUGGAGCUCAGUGCAUCCGCGUUGACUCCAGAGUGUCACCUGAACACAGCCAGAGCUGCACCGCCUACAGCCGAAACAACCACGUGACCUCCGGCUUCCUCUUUCCUCCCGACAUGGCAAUGUUGCCUGAGUCCAGAUACGAUGCUUCGCUCAUCACCAACACUGUCCCCAUGUACCCCGCCUUCAAGAAGGUGUGGAGUUACCUGCAGGGGACACUGCUGAGGCGUUAUGCUGAGGAAAACAAUGGCAUCAACAUUAUGGCCGGGCCCAUCUUUGACUACAAUUAUGAUGGUCUCAGAGACUCUAUGGAGACAAUAAAAGAGUUUUCCACUGAUGUGCUGCACAUCCCCUCCCACUUUUACAUCGUGGUGUCGAGCUGUCGAGAGCAGAACCAGACCGUGGAGGAGUGCGAUGGUGCGUUGAAGGUCUUCUCCUUCAUCCUGCCCCACAGACCAGACAAUAGUGAAAGCUGCAAGCAGAGCGCCGAGGAUGAGUCGCAGUGGGUGGAAGAGCUGCUAAAGCUUCAUACGGCUCGAGUCCGCGACGUGGAGAUCUUGACCGGUCUGGACCUGUAUCGUUCCACCAACCUCACGUACACCAGCACCCUGAGCCUCAAAACAUAUCUGCACACCUUCGAGAGUGAAGACUAGAUGGGAGCACAGAUGAGAUGCAGAUGUUUUGGCGAGUUCUGCUUCUUCACUACAUGCCGUCCAGGCGACCUCUGCCUCAUUGCUCUGCUCCUGACGGCACUGCCUGUGAAGCGUUUGGACAAAAGGGGAAAGUGUGAAAUUUGAUAGACUAAAACAAUAGUUUUGUCAAGUACAACUUUGAAAAUGUUGACAGAUUAGCACAGGAAAGAGGACGAACGUGGUUGCACACGGCUCAUUUUUCAUGUAUUUAAAAACAUCAUUGAUGGUGCCGAUCCUGCAAACUUAGUAUUAAUUUAUGUUUCUUCUGUAC